GUGCGCGCGCCCAGGCGGCGGCCGCGCGCAGCACGCUCCGGGAGGGGAUGGCGGCGGUGCCGGCGGCCGGGGCUGCUGGGAGCGGGACGCCCAGGGAGGAGGAGGCUCCCGGAGGGGAGGCAGCGGCCCCGCAGGCCCAAGCCCCGACGAGCGCACCCGGGGGCGCUCGCCUCUCGAGGCUGCCUCUGGCGAGAGUUAAGGCCUUGGUGAAGGCGGACCCUGACGUGACGCUGGCGGGACAGGAAGCCAUCUUUAUCCUGGCGCGAGCGGCGGAACUGUUUGUGGAGACUAUUGCAAAAGAUGCCUACUGCUGUGCCCAACAGGGAAAGAGGAAAACCCUCCAGAGGAGAGAUUUGGAUAAUGCGAUAGAAGCUGUGGAUGAAUUUGCUUUUCUAGAAGGCACUCUGGAUUGAUAGGCUGGCGCUGGAUGAUUCUGUGAGCGGUUGCUGCAUCCCUGAGCUUCCCCUGUGCAAGCCUCAGCUUUGGAGAGAGUCUGCGCGUGCGCACAAUCGUGUCUACUUUUCCCAAGCUGGAAGCAGAGAUCUCUCUGAUAACAUUCACCACAAAGUCUUCCAUUACUUGAGUCUGUCUUCCGGUUCCGGCCUGGAUGUAGGCCCUGCUGCUUGGGGCAGAGGUGAAAGGACUGUUCUGCAUGGGUGGCCUAAUGAGCAAGGAAGACCAGAAUAAAGGUCUUUGGUCAGCUUC